AUGUCUACAAAUGGUCAUGUCACAAUAGCACUUAACGAUAAGGAAGUUCCUACAGCAAAUUUGACAGAGAUUAAUGGACGAGGGAGAAGUCGAAGUAGAAGUAAGAAAAGAAGCAGCUCAAGAAGCAGAUCGUCUUCCGCUAAUCGAACAAAACGUGAAAUUGAUUUAGCGACGAGAGAUGUAAGUCCGUUCAUUCCAGAAGAUGCACUUCCGAGACAAAAGCCUCCUGAUAGAGGUCCAGAAAUAGAUGAUGACGACGAUAAUAAUAAUGUAGACUUUAGUAAACCAUCUCAUGGAAUUGAUGACAGUUUUUUUGAAGGAUCUGAAAAUGACAUUGACGGACCGAAAACCAGAAUGCCGUAUCCAAAUGGAGGAGGAUCUAGGCGAGGUUCUCUACCACCAUUUCCAAAAGUACCGCCUGGAUAUGGAGGAUCUGAUGUUUUAUUCCCAGGCGAGACAAUCCCACGUAUUCUACCAGACAUUAACGUCUAUCAACACAAGAAGACACUAGCUCAAGGAAUGAUGGACUUAGCUUUACUUAGUUCCAAUGCAAAUCAACUAAGAUACGUCCUUGAACUUCGAAGUCGUCAUUCUUACUACCUUUUUAGUCUCACUUUCAUUAUUGCCAGUCUCGUCAUGCAAGUCGUUGUUGGGAUAGGUCUGGUGCUAAACAGUCGAUACAAUGUGAAAAACAAAGAUGAUAUUUGUAAAGCUGAUAAGAUUAAUAAUUUGAUAACAAUUGGAAUACUUUUGAUUACUAUUGUCAAUGUUUUCAUUUCGGCAUUUGGAGUCGCUGAAGUAAGCUAA